AUGUCCAUAUCGAGAUCAAUCACAGACGAGAAGAUAUACCAGCUUCUGAAGGCUGCGCCUAAAGAUGGAGUAAGAAGAACCUUACUAUUGAAUAACGAGUUUCCAACUAAAACACAAUCAGAUAAUCGUUGGACAUCAUCUUCCUCAGAGACAGAGUCCACGGACUCGGCGGAAUUGGUGAGCCCCAAGCCACCACCAUCUGCCAAAGAGGGAGAAGAUUCUGAAAGUACUACGUCUUUAAAACAACGCAACAAACAAGCAGAUACUGGCGAACAGAAAGGCACAAUCACUCUGUCAUUUCCAGGGGAUUAUGAGAGAAUAUUGAUUGGUCUCAAAGCUAUCUCUGGUCAACAGAAUAAACGAUUAGCUCGGAAAAAAGAUGGCAGUCUGGUUAAGGGGUUUUCGAAAUACUCCUCGACUUUCCGAGACGUUCAUAAUAAUUCUAAGACUGUUACAAUAUUUGAUUCUGACGAAUUCAGAAAUUCCGAAUCAAUGGGUGUCUAUGUAUUGUUUUGGCUUGCCACUGGGUUUUUCAUCUUUAACAACUUGGUGCAUUCAUUUGUUUAUAAAAAGGAAUUGUUCAUUGAUGGCCCUGUGAUGCAAAUUCUUUGUCAGGAUUUAUUUAAAGUGGCCCUUACAGAUUUGGUUAUGUAUUUCUCCACUUAUUUUGCAUACUUUGUUCAGAAGGCUAUUCAGAAGGAAAUUAUAUCUUGGGAUGGAGCAGGUUGGAUUAUACAAGUGGUUUAUGAUUUUUUCUUCCUUUUUGGAUGGUCAAUAUUUGCUCUGAAAUAUGUCAUGGGAUAUCCUUGGAUUGCACGUAUAUUUCUCUUGUUGCAUUCUCUAGUGUUUCUUAUGAAAAUGCACUCCUAUGCCUUUUACAAUGGGUAUUUGUGGCGAAUUUUAAAGGAGCUUCACUUUUCCACUACUGUAUUGACGAAGAUUAGGGGUCGAAAAAUCCCUAAGAAUAUGUCAAAUGAAGAAAUGGAGAAAAUUAAAGAUUCAUUGAUUGAAUCUAUAUGUUUCUGUUUCUUUGAAUUGCAUUAUCAAUCAACAGCAACUUCAACUUAUCCCACAUGUGACAAUAUUCUGGAUAUGACCACAGAACAAUUUGAAGCUAAUUUGCAGAAUAAUUCGGAUAUCAUAUUCCCAAGCAAUAUCAAUCUCAAGAACUAUUUUGACUAUACCAUGUUCCCAACUCUUGUUUAUACCUUGAAAUUUCCAAGAACAGACAAGAUUAGAUGGGGGUAUGUUUUUCUGAAGAUAACAGGGAUCUUUGGGAUAUUCUUCUUGAUGCUUAUUAUUGCUCAAGAUGAUAUGUAUCCCAUUGUUCAAAGAGGUUUGGCAGCAAGAUCGUUACCGAAUUUUGGAGAAAAGUUGAUUCAAUAUGGUUUAAUUGUUUUGGAUAUGAUUCCAGUACUCUUAAUGGAAUACAUUUUGACUUUCUUUAUAAUUUGGGAUACAAUCUUAAAUACCAUUGCUGAGUUAUCAAGAUUUGCAGACCGGGAAUUCUACGGACCAUGGUGGGCUUGUACCGACUUUUCCCAAUUUGCUCGGAUUUGGAACGUCACAGUACACAAGUUUCUUCAACGUCAUGUUUAUCAUUCUUCAAUCUCAAUGUUGAAUUUCAACAAGCAACAAGCAAUAUUUGCAACAUUUAUACUUUCCAGUUUGGUCCAUGAGUUGGCAAUGUUGGUUAUAUUUGAUACCUUAAGAGGCUACUUGUUGUUGUUCCAAAUGUCUCAAAUACCUUUGGUGAUGUUGAGCAAUACCAAAUUCAUGCGUAAUCGUAGAAUCUUGGGAAAUAUAGUGUGCUGGGUUGGAUUUGUUAUAGGGCCAAGUUUGAUCUGUACCUUAUAUUUAGUAUUUUAG